AAGAAGGCGCAGUCGGGGGCUCGAGGAGGAAACGGGACUGAAAAGAAACGCCGCACUGUGACUCCCGAUGUGCAGUCCUUAAAGUAACGUUUUUAUAUUUUAUUUCUUCCGCGAAGAAACCUCAAGUUUUUCUAUUUUUCGAAAAGUAACGCAUCUACCUCAUUUUUAAGGAUUUUAAUCACGGUUUGGACUCGUUUACACCUCCUCCUCCUUCUGCCGCAGGGCUUUUUUUGAAGACUUUUGCACUCACUGAAGCGAUCCUGACAUUGAGCGAUGUCCAGCCUGCGCCUGCUGGCCCUCAGAUGAUCUAUGACCACAACUUAUUGAUGCACUUUAGCACCUUUACGGAGCCUUCCCCCUGCUGUGAACCCCGCAGCUGAUGACCAAAGCGACCGCAACACCUCCCCGCCGUCGCCCAGAGCCACGCGCCUCCCCCGACCCCUCCCUCAUCCUCACGCCCCUGCAGGACAUCUCAGGAUGUUCCAGAGGUUCGCCAGUGCUCUCUUUGGGGACGAUGUGGAGGAGGUGAGUCGAGGCGGCAGACCUGGGGACGGCAAAGUGGAGGAGACAGAGGAGGAGGAUGAAGACUGGAUCCUGGUCAAUUACCUGACUGAAGCCGGCUCCAGCCAGUGUAACGAUACCCACUCAGGAUCCACCAUCAUCCAAGAUGAAGACGAGGAGGUGGAGGCAGAGGAGGAUGAAGAAGAUGAUGAGCUGGUGAUGAUCCCCUCACCCAUGGGCAUCCCACCCGUCCGUUACGCCUCCUGCACCUCCCUCAACUCAACGGCUGACACCGAAACGGACGGUGGUCCAGAUGAGGAUGAGGAAGAUGAGGAGAGUGGGUUUCUGCGUGUGGACACCCGCUCUCUGCAGGAGAGCUGGUUUCUUACCCCCCCACCCUGCUUCACCGGGCGUAGCACCUUUCCCAUCGUCCUGGAGCCCAGCCCUCUGGAGAACCUGCUAAUCGAACACCCCAGCAUGUCCGUCUACACUCACCACAGCAUCCCACGACUGAACCUUGACCCCCUGCCACCAAGCUCACAUGAACCAGAAUUGAACUUUUCGUCCGAUGAGAUGACCGCGAGCCUGACAGCUUCAAGUGGAAAGGAAAAGGCCAGAAGAACACCAGAUGGCUCUCGCCACAGGCCAGAGGCGGCAGUUUCACAGCGGCGCUCCAGUCUUCACUCCUCCUGCUACGCCGCGGCGCUCUCCACUCAGGCCGGCCUUGUGCAACAAAGGCCGGGAAACCCCACCCAGCGCACCCAGCCCAUGUCCCGCAAGGCCCUGCGACGCCUCAACCUGCUCCGCCCCCCAAAGGCCAACACCAUGCACCUGCACCAGCCCAGCCAGAGGCAUCUCAACUUCUGAGACAUCCUCAUCAUUAUUCAUCAUCACCAUCAUCAUCAACCUCAAUACUUUAAGCAGUACAGGAAUGUAACACUGGCCACCCACAAGCAUUCAUCUCCGUUUUCUUUCAUCUUCUCAACAAACAAACACCAGCAGCAAGUUAACUACGGCAUCAGCCACCACUUACACACCUCACACCUAAUUUCUCCUGAAAGCUUAAUGGGUGGUGAAAUCGGGAAGGUGGCUGUUGACUUUUUAUAUCAGUAAUGUGGCCAGUGAAGACUUUUUCUCCCUCCCUCACUUCACUCCCCGCUUCCUACUCCUCUUCAUCCAUCCUCCUAUGUAUUGAUACUGAGAAGAAGGGAUAUGUGAAGGUCAUAAUGUUAACCCCCCUCCCUUUUCACAAGACCAUUUCUUCUUCUAUUUCUUCAGAGCAUUGUAUGUCCAAUCACAGAGAGAAACAGAGGUCAUGAUGACUUCUCUUUCUUUUCUUUCUUCUUCUUCUUCUUUACGGUCACCUUAAUGUGUAGAAUCAAUGCUGUAGGUCACUUUACUAAGCGGCAGGUUCACUGUGUGGCAGGAUGGUCCGGUGGUGUCACUUCAGGGUCUCACAGUGGGACUGCUGGUCGUCUAGGCAACUUUUUGGGCUGACUGAGGGCAGUAGGAGACAUUUCAGAUCCUAAAUGACUUGAACAUAGACAGUGCAGCCGGACAACGUUUUCAUUUAAUCAAUGCAGGAGUAUUGGAAUGCAGUGUUCCCAAUAUGUUGCCAGUGAAGGGCUGUUCACACUAGAGGAUGAAGUUUAGGUGGGUUUAAAGGAAAAAUUCCCUUUAUGUGAUCUCACGUGCUUCUAAUCAGUGAUCUGUACUAAAUGCUCUGUUUGUGUCUUGAGUGACUUCCUGCAUUUUAGAGGAGAACAGGGUAUGUCCAUAACAAUUGUAGAAACAGAAGCUCUGCUUUAUUACAGCUGACUUUAAUAUAAUUACGCCUUUUUGAUGGUGAAAGUUUAAAGCUUUAUAACAUCUUUAUUACAGAAGAAAAGUGCAACAUUUUGAGCCUCUUUAUAAGUGCAAUACAAAUUCUCUUCUUUUUAUAAAAAACACGGUUCUUGCUGUUAUGUUUUAAUACUAAACGCUUCAGCCAGACUUAAACACGUGCAUUCAAAGGUUCUCCUGUGAAACUGGAGGGUGUGUUAACUGAAAACAGAGAGUUUCAGCAAAAUUAGAAUCACGUCUGACUCAAACCUAACUAUGUACUGUAGCUGCUUUGCCUGUUAGUUCAUUUUCUGCUCUCUUACUUUCAGACGUAGAUUUCUAGUUUCUGUGCUGUGGUUCUCUCAGUGAUUCACUUUGGUUGCAGAAGGAACUCGUUCACUUCACCCAACCUUAUGCUGUGUGUGUUUGACUGAUUAUUAAAAAGCUACGAAAACACCACAGUUGAAACCAGUAAAGCAAAAUACAGUUGUAUUAAAGCCUUUUAAGGGUAUUUUUCCUUUAAGUUCCUGCUUUUUGAGCUCUGCAGCACCACCAGAGGUGAAAAACUUCCAUGUUGCUCGUCCUGCAGCUCCAGCUGAACCUGCCUCUGACUUUAUAAUUCAGUACUUUUCACGAUAUUUCUUUAAAGGAGAAAAAAAGGAGAAAAAAAUGGAAAAAAUACUGGGUUAAAUAUCACUAAACGCCUUGUUUUAACAGUAGCUUUGAGGUAAAUAGAAAUGUUAAAAAAAAAGUAUGUAAAACAAAAAAAAAACUUCCAAAAAUAUUUUUUGAAAAGAAAAAACAAAUUACAUAUCAGUAUGAAGUUGGUAUAUAUGCGUCCAUGGUUUCUUGCUUAGGUGUGUUUGGUUAUGAUAGUGUGCAAUCUGUUGCAUGGUUGUAGAGUUUUGUUAGUGUCAUGAUGGUGGGAAAAAAAAGAAAAAUGGAUAAUUAUUAUUUUCUUUCUUUUUUUCUGUUUUGUUUUUGUUCUUAAAUGAAUCUGCAGUCCACUUCUCAGGGUCACAACCAAUCACCUUUACUCUUUAGGAAAAUGCAGAUUUACUUGACGGCUGAUGAUUCUUUGUGUGUACUCGGACUUUUUCCAGCUAUGUCCCUGCGUGCUUUCCCUCUGUGAAAACCUUUGUGAGAAAUAAUCAACUUCUUGUUUAGUGUCACAGAAACGUCUUUUGGUCCCGGGACUGUGAAAUGAACUCUGAUACUGUCAGUUGACUGUUGGAAAUCCAUCAGGAUGGAGAGAAACUGUUGGUUUUUUUCAGCUAUGUUUAUAUAUUUUGCUCAACUGUACCUAACAUGGUUUUAGAAAUGUACCUUAUGCUAUUUUAACUGUUCUCUUUUCCAUGUUAACGUAGUUACAUUUCGUUAAAUAUUUAAACCAAAAAAAGUAGCAGCGAUCUUUAAUCUCUCCGUAGUUUUAUUAUACUGAUGUCCUUUUUUAAAAUUGUUUGAGUGUUUGAUAACAGCUCUUGGUUACGGUGCUCUAAAAUGGUAGACUGUUUAAUGUUUUAAUGUGUCUGCUGUAGGGAUAAGCGGAGCCCGGGCCGAGUCACCACACUGCAAAAGUUGAGAAAUAACCAACCUUAUAGAGUGACUAAAACCUAUGGAAGACCAUUUCUGCCAAAAAAGACUAUUUAACUAUAUAUAAACAGGUUUAAAGUAAAGUUCUGGAGCAUGUAUGUUUGUUUGAUGUUAAAUAGAAAAUUUGACUCAGUCUGUGACUUUUUAUAACUGAAAAUUUGUUCCAAAAUGUUUCAUUUUUUUCUGUUUUUCUUCUUCCUAAUUUUUAAACCCUUUUUGUUUGUUUUUUUGUCUGGCAGAAAUCGGCAAUCAUUUUUGUUUUCGUAAAUAAUUUCAGAACAGGUGAAGGACUCUACAUAUAACUUCACAUUUUGCUUAUUUAUCAACUUUAAUUUUUUUUUAUUUUCUUACACACAUCAACAGAAACUUACUAAACUCUGUAAAUUUGCCUAACGAUGAUGUUUUGGAAACCGAUCCUGUUCUGAAGAUACGGAGAUGCAGCGUCAAUGAACACAUAUUAUGGAGAUUCAGUCACUUUUAAUGGAAACUGUUGCAGUGUGGUCUUCUAAUCGCCUUGUAAACCUGACUGAAUGUCUCUAGUCGAGUUUCUGGGAAGGUAGCGGUGUUAACAAAGCCCUGUAAGGCAUUUUUGUUAUUUGCUGUAAAUAAUCGUAAACGGUAGUAGAGUGGAUCUCUUGUGUUUUCAAGCUUUUUUUUUUCUUGUCCUUUCUCGAAUGUCUCUUUCUCUGCAGUGAGUUUUGCAAUCACAAACUAUGUUAUUUUGUGUCAUUUUAUUUUUUGAAAAAGAGAAACUUAAAGACAGAAGGGAUCGGAGGUUCCUCCUGCUGUCAGGAGCCUUAAACAAUUUAUUUGUUUUUUUGUUCUUUUGGUUUCUUUCUUAAGUAUCUGUUCUCGGCUCAUCUCUCCAUCAUUAAUCUAACAGGGAUUUGUAAUGCUUUUUGUUCAAUGCCUUGAAAUUUGUGGAUCACGUGCCUUCCAGGUUGAAAUGUUAUGAUGACAAUGCGUCAAUGAAGAACUUGAACUCGUUUUUCUUUUUGUUUAACUUUUUAAGUGGACGUAAUAAUAAAUUAAAACACACAGACAAACAUCAGAAACCAACUAUGCAUCAUUCGAGGAAGCUCAUAUGCCCUCGCCACCACCAUCCGCCCAGCCCUUGUACAGCUUUUAUAAUGACUCGACAAACCAGACAGAAUGAUGUAGCAAAACCUCUUUUUUUUCUCCUAUUGUUUUAUUUGUAAGUGUGAAGAAUAUUUUAUGGCAUUUUUCCACUAAGUGUUAGACUUUUUGGGUUUUUGUUUGUUUUGUUUUGUCAUUUUUUGCUUUUCUGUGUAGUUUACUGGAAUAAUACUGCACUUUGCCAAAAAGAAAAAAGGUGUAGGACUUUUAGGAUUACCUUUUUAUUUAUCAACAUAACUGGUUUCCUUUGUAUUUUGGAUGUAUGACAGAUUAAUUCACUCUGUUCUGACAUCAGAAACAAAAAAAAGCUAAUUAAAAGUGGGGUCAUCUGUUUUCACACUGUAAUAGUUAAUACAUGUGAUCUCUUAUUAGCCUAUAAUAAAUGUUUUC